CUCGCAUUGAAGAAUUGGAAACGGACUCGAUUAUUAAAAAUCAAGAUAUUAAAAAGCUUCAACAAGAAUUUAUUGAUUUCAAAAAUAGAGAUAAGAAAAGUAAUAAUUUGAGUAAAAAUGAGAAAGAAAACGAGGAUUUGAAAACCGUUAAAACGUUAAUUGAUACAAAUAUAUCGAAUCCACAAAAUUUCGAGGAUGUACAAGAAAUUUUCAAACAAUUAAAAUCUUAUCAUAGAGCAUUAACCAUCGCGGAGCGAAAAAAUAUUGCCCGUAAUGAACGUAUCCAAGCUUUAGAAGGCUUAUUAAAAGAUUCACAAAAUCAACUAGUUACCCAGAGUCAAAGAACAAUUACAAAAAAAGAACGGGAACGUUUGGAACAAACAAAAUCUCAAAUAUCCUCUACCUUUUCCGGCCUUACUUUUGGUAGCAUUGCAAAGCCUCUCCGAGGUGGUUUAUCAGUACAUGAGCAAUGA